AUGGAACCUGUACUAAUUGUUGGUGCCGGCAUUGUCGGCCUCACACUCGGCCAAGCGCUCAAGCAGAAGAACAUUCCCUUCGAGAUUUAUGAGCGCGAUGCAACUCCUGAUGCGCGCGGCCAGGGAUGGGCCAUCACCCUGCAUUGGGCACUUGAAUAUAUGAUGGAUAUGCUUCCCGAGGAAACGUUGGUUCGCAUCCAGGAUGUUCAGGUGGAUCCGGACAUCGCACGCAGUGACAGCGGCAACUUUCUCUUCAUCAACCUCGAAACCGGAGAGCCGAGGUUCAAGAUUCCGCCCAACCUUCGAUGGCGCGUGAAUCGCGAGAAGAUGCGACGAGCAUUGCUGCAUGGAAUUGAGGAUCAUGUGCACUGGGACAGGCGUGUGGUUGGGUUGAAUUUGCCAGAAGCCAACAAGGUCCAGCUUAUACUCGCGGAUGAGACCACCGUGACCGGGCGCAUCGUGGUUGGUGUGGAGGGAAGCCGAUCAAAGAUACGACAAGUGCUACGACCGGAUGCCUACAAUAACGUCCCUCUUUCUGUCGGGUUCACCGGCGUGGCAGUUGAUUUGACACCACAGCAAAUCAAGCCUCUGCGCGAGAUGGACCCGUUAUUGUUUCAAGGAUGUUAUCCACGCACCGGCGCUUUUUUCUGGUUUUCGAUGCUGGAGACGCCUCAAGGGAAUGGUACAGCUGGCACGGAUAAGGAGCGCUAUCGAGCUCAAAUAUGUAUGUCUUGGCCAAUCAAUGGGCCCGAAGAUGAAGUCGCCGCUACAGACGAAGGUCGCCUGGCGAACAUGAAGCGGCGCGCGCAAGGAUUUGUGCCAUUUCUGCAAGAGGCUGUGGAGAGGAUUCCAGCUGAGACACCUGUUACAGAGAUCAAACUGGGAGACUGGGAGUGUCUUCCCUGGAAUAACUACGAGGGGCGAGUGACCCUAGCUGGCGAUGCUGCACAUGCAAUGACGAUGUAUCGAGGAGAAGCAGCAAAUCACGGCUUGCUCGAUGCAUAUCAUUUAAUGGAGGCCAUUGAGAAAGUCUACGGCGGCGUUGCCUCGCCACAAGUCGCAAUCGAUGAAUUUGAGAAGGAAAUGAGGGUUCGCACAAGUCGCGCUGUACAAUUGAGUCGCCAGGCCUGUUACGAUGCACACGACUGGACAAGACUGGACGAAACAUCUGCUAUUUUGACAAAAAGAGCUAUUGCUGGGGAGUGA